AUGGCAGCAGCAGGGCAGCGACAGGGAGCGCCCAUUGAUGCGGGUGUGUGCCUGUCCAUGCACCAGCCCUGGGCCUCUCUGCUGGUCUAUGGCAUCAAACGCAUCGAGGGCCGUGGCUGGCCCACCGAGCACCGCGGCCGCCUGUGGAUUGCCGCCACUGCCAAGCAGCCCACUCCCCAGGAGAUCCAGGAGAUGGAAGAGUUCUAUCGUGCCGUGCAUGGCAGUGGGGGCCAGCAAGCCGUCGAGUUGCCGCCCGCCUACCCGACUGGCGUGCUGCUGGGAUGCGUGGACGUCGCGGAGCAGGUGGAGGCGUGGGAGGGGCUGCCGGGGGGCCUGAUAGCUGAGGUGGGCAGCCCAUACUGCUUUCUGUGCCAGGCGCCGCAGCGCCUGGUUGUGCCUCAACAGAUGCGCGGCUUCCCCAAGAUUUUCCAGCUAGAGAAGAAGAUCCACAAGACUGCGCAGCUUGGCCUGAAGCCUGCCCCCAACGGCCGGGAUUUUGGUUGGGCGGCGUUUGGCGCGGCGCCGAGCACGCACAAGUACCAAGAGCUGCAGAGGAAGAUGGAUGCCGCUCGGGGCGCACCCGGUGCUGCUGGCGACAGCCAGCGGCCAUGCAGAGCAGCAGAUGGAGGCGAGGAGGAGGGUGGUGGGCACGGCCCGGUCGCGAAGACGAGCGGUAGCCAGUCACCACGCGCAGCCGCUGCGGCGGCGGCGGCCGCCGCUGUAGCGGGCCUGCCGCGCGCCGUGGCCCUGCAGCAGCAGCAGCAGGAUCCCCGGCGCCGCCUGCGGGCUGUGCAGAAGAAGCUGCGGCAGAUUGCGGUGCUGGAGGAGCGGCAGCGAGAGCGCUGGGCAGCGCAGCUGCUGCCCGAGGAAGCGGCCAAGCUGGCGCAGCGGGAGCAGCUGGAGGCGGAGGCGGCGGCGCUGCAGGCCGAAGUAGGCUGA